AUCACUACCAACAAGAACAUAGUCACAUAUACAAAAUGUCUUUGAAGAUAUCAGAUGAAAGUAGUUGGCAAAAAACAUCAUUUGUGAAAGUGAAAGAAGAAUCAUUGAUAGUGAUAAGAGAGUAUGAUGAAGAGAAACACAAAGUGGCAGUAGAGAAAUUGGAGAGGCUUUGUGAGGUUGGACAGAGAGGAAAACCUUGUCUUGUUACUGAUCUAUUGGGUGACCCUUUAUGCAGAAUUCGUCACUUUCAAUUACAUGUCAUGCUGGUUGCAGAAUAUGGAGAAGAUGGAGAAGUUGUUGGAGUGAUAAGGGGUUGUGUGAAAACAGUUACAAGAGGGAAUUCAGCUUAUGUGAAACUGGCUUAUGUUUUGGGGCUAAGAGUCUCUCUUAGACACAGGAGAUAUGGCAUUGGAACAAAAUUAGUUGAACAUUUAGAAGAGUGGUGCAAGCAAAAGGGUGCUAAGUAUUCAUAUAUGGCAACAGAUUGUACAAAUGAACCUUCCAUAAAUUUGUUCACAAAAAAAUGUGGUUACUCAAAAUUUAGAACUCUAACGAUGUUAGUACAACCAGUUCACGCACAUUACAAAUCAAUCAGUUCAAACAUCGUCGUCCUUCAUUUGCCGCCACGCCUAGCCGCAUCCAUAUACAACCCUAUCUUUGCCAAUUCAGAAUUUUUCCCAAAAGACAUAGACUUAAUUUUAUCAAACAAACUUAAUUUGGGCACAUUUAUGGCCAUCCAAAAAAAGUACAUAACAAAAUGUGAUCCAAAAAAGGGUAUUUUUCCUCCAAGCUAUGCAAUAUUAAGUGUGUGGAACACUAAAGAAGUGUUCAAAUUGCAAGUUAAAGGAGUGUCACCAAUUGCACAUGCAUGUUGUGUAGGUACAAGAUUAUUAGAUGAAUGUUUGCCAUGGCUAAGGUUACCUUCAUUUCCUAAUGUUUUUAGGCCAUUUGGAAUUUAUUUUAUGUAUGGAUUACACAUGGAGGGUAAGUGUGGUAAAAAACUUAUGAAGUCAUUAUGUGGAUUUGUGCAUAAUAUGGCUAGAGAUGAAGGUGGUUGUGGGGCCAUUGUAGCUGAAGUUAGUAAAAGGGACCCAAUUAGAGAAGUGGUCCCACAUUGGAGCAAAUUCUCUUGGGAUGAGGACAUGUGGUGUAUUAAGAAUCUUGAGGAUAUUCAUGAAAAAUGUGGACCCUUUGAUUGGUUCAAUUAUAGAUCCUCUUCAUCAAUGAUUUUUGUUGAUCCUCGUGAUUUUUGAUACUUACCUCAUGUGUUAUAUAUAUAUAGAUAGAGAGAGGGUCUUGGUUAAUGGUUGGUAUUGUAAUUCUUUGAAUGGAGCAAAUUAAAAUGUUA